AAUGGAGCAAACCUAUACAUUCACAAUUGAAUCCAAGAAAUAAAAUAUAGAUGCUCUUACUGAAGAAUAAUAAUAAGAAUACAAAGCUCAUGCAGAAGAAUGCGAAAUUAUAGUCUUAAAAGGUAAUAGUUACUCUAAACAAUUUUUCAAUCAAUUUUCAGAGUUCAUCACAACCUCCAAAAAAUUACAAGUAAUUAAAAUUAAAAAAUUAGAAAAUUAAUGCAAAUGACAUCUUUGUUGGAAAAGGAAAAGAUGAAAUUCCUUAAUCAUUAUAGGUAUUAUUGAAUUCAAUAUUUUAGAUCUUAGGAAAUAGCUUAAUAGGAUUAAAUAUCUUAAGUCUUGAUUUAUCCAACAAUGCUGUAAAUCCAUUUGGAGCAGAGGCAUUAAAACCAUUCCUUAAAUAAGCUCAUUAAUUAUAAAGACUUUUCUUAAAUAAUUGUGGUCUUGGUAUCAGAGGAGUAACUUAAGUCUCAGAAGGAUUAUAAGAAGGAGAACACAAUUUAUAAAUAUUAGCUAUAGCAAGAAAUAGAGCUGAAUGUGAUGGUGCAAUUGAAAUAUCCAAAGCAUUUCCAACAUGCAAAAAACUAUAAGAAUUGCAUAUUUAUUAAAAUGGAAUUAAAUAAAAGGGUAUGAUGGAACUAUUAUCAUCAUUAAAUAAAAACUGUUCUGAAUUAACAACCAUUGAUAUUAGAGAUAAUUUUGUUCAUGAAGCAACAACAUAAGUUUUAAGUGAUCUCAUAUUAAAUUCUACUCAUUUAACAGCCAUCAACAUAUCAGAUUGUAAUAUUUAAGGAAAAUAGAAUAAACAAAUAUUGGAGUCUUUAAGCAAACUAGUUAAAAUAGAAAGAUUAGGUUAUAAUUAUGCUGAAUUAAAUGAUGUCUAAGGAAAUGAAUUAUAUGAAAUUAUUGUUAAAUAAGUUGAUAAUGUUUCAGUAAUGAUUUUUAAUUAUUAAAGAAAUUGGAAUUGAAAGGAAAUGAAUUCAAAAAAGCAACAAAAUAGAAGUUUAAAGAAUUAUUCGUAAAUAAAGAAAAAGUUCUUGGAGCAUUCGAUAGUGAUGAUGAAGAUGAGGAAGAAGCAGAUGAAUUGUAAAAAUUAUUCAGUCAAUUGGUUAUUUGAAA